AGAGCAAAGGUGACAUUAAGCUAACAUGUCAGGAUCAAAGUUUGUUUAUCUGGCUUUUUUUUCUUUCCAACGCCACACUUUGACUCUUCUCUCCGGCAAAAGAGAAUUUAGUAAGGAUAUCUCUAUCCGGCUUUUUAUCAUUUUAGCAGCGCCGCACUGUGACGCUGACUGACAACUAAUUGUCCGUUGUUCUUGGCCCGAGACCGGCCCGAGUCAUGGGCGGCAGCCUGGGUUGCCACCGCUCCAUCCCCAGAGCCCCCGGCGACGUCAGCGGCAAAAGGCGCAAGCUGAGCGCGGCGUGCAACUUCGGAAGCGUCCUGGUGAGGCAGGAGCGUCUCAACAUCAACGCUGCCAGCGAGGAGGAGCUCAUGACCCUUCCCGGCGUGGACCGCAGCGUGGCCCGCAGCAUCGUGCAGUACCGGGACCGCAUCGGCGGCUUUAAAAAGGUGGAGGACCUGGCCCUGGUGAGCGGAGUCGGCGCCGCCAAGCUGGAGGCCGUCAAAGUCGAAAUCUGCGUUUGGGACAGAGGGAGCUGGUCUCGCCACUCGCCGGCUUCCCCGCGGAAAGACCGGGGUCAGCAGCCGGGCGGCGGGCCGGACGUGAGCGUUCCUGGUAUCACAGAGGAAGUACCAGGCGGUAUAGUCCGGGAUCGCACCUUCAGGAGCACGGAGGACCUGCUGAGGGCGGAGCACACCAGCCACCCUCCCCAGGUGGGUGACACCCACGGAAGACCCCCACACACGACCCGGUUGCACCCUGGCCCCGCCUCCCUCAGUCUGAAGAGCGACGCUGUGGACCUCCCGCCCGGCGGACCCGCCCAGGUGAUCUCCGUGCGAGCGAGCGCGCAGACGGCGGCCGUGCUGCGGCACAGGAAGUGCGUGGUGCGCGUGGCCACCUGGAGCCUGCAGAAGUGUUCCUGCGACAAGGCCAACAACCCCGGGGUCAGGGAGGUGGUGUGCAUGACCCUCCUGGAGAACGACAUCAAGUUACUGGCAGUGCAGGACCUGUUGGAAAAAGGUGUACUACAAAAGUUUUGUGCGGAGUUAAACCAAGGUACUCUGGCUAGUGUUGGCAAGUGGAAGAGGCCAAGAGGCGUAUGGAAAUGUUUGGAGUCUGAAGAAGUUUGCUGUAAGGAAGUGAGCUAUUCUGGCUUUCUGUGGGAUUCCACUAGUGUGCAGCUCCUGGAUGCUGCACUCUUAGAGUCUGCCAAAAACUGCGAUGGAGCCUCCACAAGCUUCCUGGCCCACUUCUCUAUUUCUUCUCACAAAGUGGCUGUGGUGAACGUCCACAUGCGACCCACACUUGGCAAGGAGCAGAGUGCAGAGGUCAAAGGUCGCCCCCUGUCUGCCAUCAUCCAGGAAACACUGAAAGGUGAGAAGGAGGUUGUGGUGCUGGGAGACUUUGGACGUCCUCCUCAGAGCGCUGAGCUGGACUUCCUGAGAAAAGAGAAGAUGUCUGCUCUGCUAGCAGCCAAGCACUUCACCAACAUCAGCACCAGCUGCCCUCAGGGAACACACUGCCUGGACAACAUCUGGCUGAGCCGCUCUCUCAAGAAGAUCUACUCUGGACAUUGCACGGUCGUACGAGAAGGUUUGACCAACCCUUGGAUUCCUGACAAUUGGUCAUGGGGGGGCGUGGCGUCAGAUCACUGCCCCGUGGUGGCCGACUUUUCUGCUGACGCCUCGCGCAAACAGGGCGGCGGGCCUGGCAUCAGCGCGUUGGAGCCGGCCGACCAGCCCAAACAUGAGCGAUGACCUCACUGCAACAACAAUGGUGACCAUGCCUCGGACUCAACUCUAUCAAUGAUGUGAUCAUCUACAAAAUACACACGUAUGUAUUGAUGUAAUCGUGUACCUGUAUUUUGUACAUGAUGAUGUCAUCACCUACAAAAUAUACAUUACAUGAUGAUAUCAUCUACAAAAUAACACAUUACAUGAUGAUGUCAUCACCUACAAAAUAUACAUUAAUGAUGAUAUCAUCACCUACAAAAUAUACAUUAAUGAUGAUAUCAUCACCUAACAAAGUACUACAUGAUGACGUCAUCAUGUUCAUGUGAUCUGUACAUGUCACGUACAAAAUACACAUGUGAUGAUGUCAUCGUGUACAUGUAUUUUGCACAUAUCACCUACAAAAUACACAUGACAUGAUGAUAUCACCUACAAAAUAACACAUUACAUGAUGAUGUCAUCACCUACGAAAUAUACAUUAAUGAUGAUAUCAUCACCUAACAAAGUACUACAUGAUGACGUCAUCAUGUUCAUGUACUCUGUACAUGUCACCUACAAAAUACACAUUACAUGAUGAUGUCAUCACAAGCACGUGAUGAUGUCAUUGUGUACGUGUUUUGUAGAUUAACAUGUCAUCACCUAUAAAGUACACAUUACAUGAUGAUGUCAUGUACAUGUAUUUUGUACAUUAAAUUGUCAUCAUCUAUAGGAUACACAUUACAUGAUGAUGUCAUCACAUACAAAUGACUGAAGCACAGGAUGACGUCAUCACUUAGAAAAUACACGAGUGCAUGAUGACUUCAACAAAAUAUGCAUGUAUGUCGUUGUGUACAUGUGUAUUUUGUAGGUGAUGACAUCAUGUACUGUGUAUUUUGUAGGUGAUGACAUCAUGUACUUUGUAGGUGAUAUGUACAAAAUACAUGUACACGAUGACAUCAUGUGUAUUUUGUACGUAGCAUGUAAUGUGUAUUUCGUAGGUGAUGACAUCAUCAUGUACUGUGUAUUUUGUAGGUGAUGACAUCGUCAUGGACUGUACUUUGUAAGUGGUGAAAUCAUGUAAUGUGUAUUUUGUAGGUGAUGACAUCAUCAUAUGCAAAAUACACAAGUCAUGUACUUGUAUAUUUUGUAGGCGAUGACAUGAUAAUGUACAAAAUACACAAGUACAUGAUGACAACAUUGUUACAUAAAUACACGAGUACAUGAUGACAUUUAGUACAUGUACACGAGGACAUCAUCACGUGCAUGUGCAUUUUGUACUGUAUUUUGUAGGUGAUGAACUCAUGUAAUGUGUAUUUUGUAGGUGAUGACAUCAUCAUGUGCUGUAUUUUGUAGGUAAUGACAUCAUCAUGUACUGUGUAUUUUGUAGGUGAUGACAUCAUGUAAUGUGUAUUUUGUAGGUGAUGACAUAUACUGUGUAUUUUGUAGGUGAUGACAUCAUCAUGUAAUGUGUAUUUUGUAGGUGAUGACAUCAUCAUGUAAUGUGUAUUUUGUAGGUGAUGACAUCAUCAUAUACAAAACAUACAAGUACAUGAUGACAACAUUGUUACAUAAAUACGCAAGUACAUGAUGACAUCAUCACGUGCAUGUGCAUUUUGUAGGUGAUGACAUCAUGUGAUGUGUAUUUUGUAGGUGAUGACAUCAUCAUGGGCUGUAUUUAGUAGGUAAUGAAAUCAUGUAAUGUGUAUUUUGUAGGUGAUGACAUCAUGUGAUGUGUAUUUUGUAGGCGAUGACAUCAUCAUGGACUGUAUUUAGUAGGUAAUGAAAUCAUGUAAUGUGUAUUUUGUAGGUGAUGACAUCAUCAUAUACAAAACAUACAAGUACAUGAUGACAACAUUGUUACAUAAAUACGCAAGUACAUGAUGACAUCAUCACGUGCAUGUGCAUUUUGUAGGUGAUGACAUCAUGUAAUGUGUAUUUUGUAGGUGAUAAUAUCAUCAUAUACAAAACAUACAAGUACAUGAUGACAACAUUGUUACAUAAAUACACAAGUACAAGAUGACAACAUUGUUACAUAAAUACACAAGUACAUGAUGACAUCAUGGAGUAUUUUGUAGGAGUAUAAGAGUGUGUUGCCCCCUGCUGGCCUGCGUUCACAAGUUAGAUGUUUCCACCACCUUUCAUGUUUUACUAGCAUUUCUCUGACUUGCUGGAAUAUUUCCAUCUUUAUGUGAAAUGAUCCGCAUGACAGUCAAGACUAGUAGCAAAUAAAAGUGUUUGUAGUCAAGGCGCCACCUUGUGGUAUCACCAGGAUGUCAAAUCCUCCUCAUGUUGUUCUCUGAUUUCUGAUCAACAGCGACCCCAAAAGGGACAAGCGGUAGAAAAUGGAUGGAUGGAUGAAUGGAAUAAUCACAUUAGAUUCACUUUGCCAAUAAAAGUCACUCAUGGAA